UGCUGAGUAGAGCGAGCAGCAGGCGCACUACGAGAUCAAGUGUGGGAGUGUGUGUUUGUUUGUGUGUCUGAGAGAGACAGAGAGGGAGAGACUCAUUGGAUAACCACUGUAUUGUGACGCCAACAGAGUAGUCUGUAGUAAGACAGAGGAAGAAUAGAAGGGUGUUUGCUCCUAGGAGUUGCAGGAAAAGUCUGAAGAGAAGGAGUGAGUGUUGGAGGAAGGAAAAAUAGACUGAGAGAAGCCCCCCCAUCCACCCACCCACCCACCUUCCCCAGAGAGCAGGAGGUAAACCGCCGGUAAGCAAAUAUUAAUGACCUGACAAAAGAGCACACAGCAUCCCUGUGUUGAUCAGACAGCCUAACCCUGGAACCGCGCAACACAAGAGCCUGGAUACAUAUACACACUCAGCCACACACGCGCAAGACGAGCCCCCCGCGCUGCUUUCCACUCACUCAUGAUCGUCACUCCCACCACACGCAGACACAAGGGCCACGCUGAUACAGCCAGAGGAGUGGAGGAGAGAAGAAGAAGAGGACACUUGCCCUGUUGUGGGACUUUGUCAAAGUAAAAGGUGUCACUGGAUUUUUUUUUUUUUUUUAGCUUUAUUUUUUCUUUUCUUUUUUACCCUUGAAAUCAGAGUCCUCUUUUUGCGCUGACCUUUUCAAGCCCCCCUCCCCAAGGAGCAAAGAUGAGCUGCAGGAAAAGGUGCAAGCGGGAGAUCUUCAAAUUCGCGCAGUACCUGUUCAGACUCAUCACAGGCACGCUUAACACCGACAGCGUUGAAGAUGAGCUUGAACUAUCUGCAGUCCGCCAUCGCCCCGAGGGCCUGGAACAGCUUGAAGCCCAGACACGUUUCUCCCGCAAGGAGCUACAGAUCCUAUACCGUGGCUUCAAGAAUGAAUGCCCCAGUGGAGUCGUCAACGAAGAAACUUUUAAAGACAUCUACUCACAGUUCUUCCCACAAGGAGAUGCUUCAACAUAUGCACAUUUCCUGUUCAAUGCAUUCGACACAGAUCACAAUGGCUCUGUGAGUUUUGAGGAUUUUGUUAUGGGUCUCUCUAUCCUUCUGCGAGGCACAGUCCAAGAAAAACUCAACUGGGCUUUCAACCUUUACGAUAUCAAUAAAGACGGAUAUAUCACUAAAGAGGAAAUGCUGGACAUCAUGAAGGCCAUCUACGACAUGAUGGGAAAAUGCACAUACCCUGUCCUCAAAGAGGAGACACCUCGUCAGCAUGUAGAAGUAUUCUUUCAGAAGAUGGAUAAGAAUAAAGAUGGAGUGGUAACCAUAGACGAGUUCAUCGACUGCUGCCAAAAUGAUGAAAACAUCAUGCGAUCAAUGCACCUCUUUGAAAAUGUUCUUUAACUUUUACUUGAUGGUGGAGGCUUUGGAAAGGAACAUCAUCUUUAGCUUGGCCCAAUAACUGACUUGGACUCAUACUGUGUACAGUGUGCUAUGCAGACUUUUGACCAUAGAUAAAAUAUUGUUCAUUACUGUGGGCCACAUGUAGGAGUAGGCAAUAUGGUGUGAACACUCUGGAAUUAGUCGCCUUUUGAACAUUUUAUUGAAUAACUUUGGGGAAAUUUAUGACAUAAAAGUGAAUAGAAAGGAGAUAAAAAUGGUUUUUGCAGCUAUGGUUGAAUUUCAAAAUGAAAACAUCAUAACUUCAAGGUUUAUUUACACCAUCUGUCUCUGGAGUGUCUUUCUAUUUGCUGAACACUGGGUUCUGCAAACUGUUAGCCUCCAACAUUAUAAAACUUUCUGAUGAGAGGAUCCAGACAGGUUUCUUCUGUCUCUAUUGCAGCCUUGUUUUAUUUACUGCCAAGUGAAAUCACUGUGACUUUUUACAGCAUCAAAGAAAAAAAAAACAUAACAAAAUAUCUGAGAUAACUUCACAUUGGUCUCUGUUUUACAUUCCAGACUGGUUCUCAAUUCCAGAGUGUUCUUACCCCGGCUUAGUUAACCAUUGUGGUCUGUCUUUUUGCUCUUUGAAGGAAGCAUUUAGAGAAAAAAAAACACAUACCAUUUUAAAUUGUAUAUACUAUAGAUAAAGCAGAUAGAUAAGAACUCUAUGAGAAACUUUUCAACUUUGUUCAUGUUUACUUGCCAACUAGAAUGAGACAACACAAGGAUUGUAUUGAUGUCAAAAUCGGACCAUAAUAUCGAUGGUUUGUCUACAGAAGCACACAGGUAGCUAUAUUUACCAUGAGUAUAACAUUAGAUGAUAUCUUUGUCAUAAAAGAAAUGCUGCUUUCAGUGUAUUUCAUUUAACCGUAUGUAUGUAUAUUCCCUGUAAAGUAAACAAUCUAUCAAUAUGUUUUUAUUUAGUUUUUGAAGCACUGUUUAGGAGUUUACACUAAGAGCAGUGUUUGAGGUUAUUUAUAUGGUAUUAUGGUCAUUGUACAAAAGAUUGUCAGUUGUACAGUAUUAAAAUGAAAAUUCGCUCUCGGGUGAAUUUCAGGUCUUAAGA